GGGACGCAUAAUCUACAGAAUCAACCUAAUCAGGAAUAUAUCAUAAUAAAACGUAGAUAUAUCUUAAAAACGUGUUAUUUACACGAGAAAUAGCUCAAUGACAUAAUGACACGUUCCCCAACCUAUCCAAUGAGUGAGUGACUCCUGAAUCUAUUCGCAGCUGCUCUGUAGCUUCCAUGAUCCACUCCAGUCCGGAUUUGGCAAGGAAAGGAACAGCUGCUGUAACGUUUUAGCAAUUUCAGGAAAGAAGGAACCGUGGUGAGACAUGCGGGGUGUAGAGGAGUUGCUCCAGCAGCAUUGGAGACUGGACAAACAGCAGCAGCAGCAGGAGUAGAGGAUCAUGGCCGAGGACUAUUGGGAGAGCGCGGCCGCUUUGGGAUAUUAUUACUGCUGUUAAGAUUACACGAGCAAUACACACUCAUUUACACAAGCACACACGGAUCUCAACUCCACGGGGCGGUUGAACAGUGGCAGCCCCACCACCCCCUCAUCUCGGCCCCCCAUACCCCCACUGAUGGACCGCAUGAGGAAGAUCAAACGGCAGCUGUCCCUGACGCUGCGAGGGGGUAACAGCGGGGACAAGACCUUGAGCGAGACCAUCAGCUCUCAGGACACAGGAGCACACAGUGAUUCCGAGGCCAUGCCAGUUGGCGGCAGUGGUGGUCUGCGGGGUUCAGUGAGAGGUUCGGGGAGUUCCUUCAGCAUGCACUCCCUUCUGCAGUCCUACAGCAGCGCCCUGCGCAGACCACGCAGCCUGGGCCGCAGUCUCAGCUCCUAUCUCAACCACACCACGCGCCUCGAAAUCGUCCAUGAGGAUGUAAAAAUGGGUUCAGAUGGAGAAAGCGAUCAGGCUUCGGCCACUUCCUCUGAUGAGGUGCACAGCCCCGUCCGAGUUCGUCUGAGAAACAACCCCGGUCGCAAAAUUUCCAACGAGGACAUAAACAAACGUCUGUCUCUGCCUGCUGAUAUCAGGCUUCCUGAUGGCUACCUGGAGAAAUUCAGCCUCAACAGCCCCCUGUUUGACAAACCGCUCAGCCGGAGAUUACGCAGAGUAUCGCUGUCUGAGAUUGGAUUUGGGAAGUUGGAGACGUAUGUAAAACUGGAUAAACUAGGAGAGGGCACCUACGCUACAGUAUAUAAAGGCCGCAGUAAGUUGACGGAUAACCUGGUGGCUCUGAAGGAGAUCCGUUUGGAGCACGAGGAAGGAGCUCCGUGCACUGCCAUUAGAGAAGUGUCUCUGCUGAAGGACCUGAAACACGCCAAUAUUGUGACUCUUCAUGACAUCAUCCACACUCAGAAGUCUCUUACGCUCGUGUUCGAGUACUUGGAUAAAGACCUGAAACAGUACCUAGAUGACUGUGGAAACAGCAUUCAUAUGCACAAUGUCAAGCUGUUCCUGUUUCAGCUGUUGCGAGGUCUGAACUACUGUCACAGACGUAAAGUUCUUCACCGAGACCUCAAACCUCAAAAUCUCCUGAUCAACGACCGCGGGGAGCUAAAGCUGGCUGACUUUGGUCUUGCACGAGCAAAAUCGAUUCCCACCAAGACCUACUCCAAUGAGGUGGUGACGCUUUGGUACCGCCCCCCUGACAUCCUGCUGGGCAGCACCGACUAUUCCACUCAGAUUGACAUGUGGGGUGUUGGCUGUAUCUUCUAUGAGAUGUCUACAGGUCGACCCUUGUUCCCGGGCUCCACGGUGGAGGAGGAGCUGCACUUUAUCUUCAAACUGCUCGGUACGCCCACAGAGGAGACCUGGCCCGGAAUAACCUCCAACGAGGAAUUCAUCUCCUAUAACUACCCCCGGUACCGCGCCGACUGUCUCCACAACCACACUCCACGAUUGGACAAUGAUGGAGUUGAACUUCUGUCGAAACUGCUGCAGUUUGAGGGGAAGAAACGGAUCGCAGCAGAGGAAGCCAUGAGACACCCAUACUUCCACUGCCUGGGAGAGAGAAUUCUCACACUGCCAGACACUACAUCAAUAUUUGCACUUCAAGAAGUUCAACUGGAGAAGGAGCCUGGAAUGAGGACGAAUUCCCUGUCAGAAUCGGUCAACAGCAUAUCUCAACGGCAGAGUCUGCUCUUCUGAGGGCAUGUGGGGCGGCUCGGGACGGGGAGGACGCGUUGAGACGUUUCCUGUCGUGAAGAUGAAGGGAUAUCUGUUUUUCAUUUCUCUGUCUGAGUCAUUGGCUAGUCCUGUGGCAUUAUGUGUUUAGAAGGGGUCACUGUAGUUGUUUACAUGGAGAGGCUGAGGAUGUUGAUUUGUGUAUUGUUUAUUUGUUUCGAAUAAUGCACUUCCCCUUCCCUGUUCACAUUACAAACAUGUUCUUCCUGUUUUGCUGUACCUUCUCGACACGGUUGCGUCAAUCCAGCCGCUGUGCUCAACCAAUCAGACGCAGAAUGUUAUUGGAUGACCUGACUCUUCAUCCUUUGACUGAAACAAAUCAGCCUGGUUUCUUUGCAAUACUUCUCAAUUGUAAUGUAAAAGGAAGGCCAGUUUAUGAAGGAACGUGUCAUGAAUGCUGUUAAUAUCCAGAAGCCAAGUCACUCUAGUCUUCCAGAAAAUGGUCCCCUUCAUUAGUGUCAUCAGCCCUCCCAUCCAAAGACGAACAUUUAGUACUAUGCCAACACAAUGGUUCAUUGUAAUCAACCGUAAUCUGUGUUAUUUGUAUUCAUCGGAACAUUGACGACAUGUCAGAUUUUGUUUUUGUUUGCAAAAGCAUUUCACUUUUAAGUUGUUGUUUACAUGUUUUUUUUUUUUGCCAUGCAAUACAGUUUGAUCAUCUAGAAAACGGUUUCACCAAAGAACCCCAUGCCGUCUCUCUAUCCCUAUUGGUUUGAUUUAUGAGCUUCCAUUUCCAUCAUCAUGUUCAAGUGAACCCUCGAUCAGCUACACUGUGUCAAGGACGAAUUAUUAGUGCAACGCAACUUAGAACGUUUGACUUGCAUUGAGGAAAGCCUCCGAUAAUCUCGACGCAGUCUUGUUGAUAAUUCUUCCAUUACUGCAGCUCUUACGCCUGUCACUCUGGGUGAAAACCGAGCUGAUUUCUAUGUCGGUUCAGUCAGGGCGAUGAGAACUCCUAAUGGGAUGCUCGGGCGCAUGCGGAGAACCGGUCGAAUUGUAUAGGGCUCAGGUUUCUGUCACUCUGCAGAACAGCUGAGUGCGGUGGAUAAUGUUCUGCAUCUCGGCCCGGUUGUUCAUACUCCGCAGGUUUUGGAGCGCAUUGGUGUCGCGUAACACACCGCAGAUUCAAAACGCUACCGUCCUCUGGCGUGUGCGAUUCAGGGUCUCUCUGCACAAUGUCUGCGAUUUAUACAGUCCCACAAAUGUGAUUUAUUGGGUGAAUCUCUGGGGGGGAAAAAAAGUGUCAAGGUGAUAUUUCACCCUGAAAUUACGAGAAAAAUAAUACAUUUGAUUUUAUUUUAUUUUAUUUAUUUAUUUAUUUUUAGGACUGUUAAUCUUUUUUCUUUUUUGCAUUGUGACAUCAUCAGCAAUUAGUCUCAAAAUUCUUAUUCCUGUAAUAAUAAUAAUAAAAAAUAAAAAAUUUAAAUAGUAAAAAACUUUUGUAAAUUGCUAAAAUACAGUGUAUUUAAUAUAUUGUAUUUUUUAAAGCAUAUAUGCAUAGUAAUAUUUGUUAUACUCUUUUUGCCGGUGCAAAUCAUUUUAUAGUAACUUUUUCCUGUAAUACAGCAUAAUUUUACUGUAUUAUGAGAAAUGCAGUCAAAAGUAAAAAAAAAAAUAAAACUUCCAAGCGCAUUACAGUAGUAACAAGGGAAAUUUACUUUGUAAGCAAAAAAAUGUCACCAUGCAAAAAAAAAAAAAAAAGACAAUUUAUUUUAAUGUAAAAUAUAAUUCCUUUUUUGUCUCUUUAUUUCUGGGUGAAAUAUCACUAGAUAUUUUUGCAAGAUUCACCCCAUUAGAGCUGAAUGCAGAGGCGAUUAACACUUGUUCUCAGUUUCCGUCGGUGUUACUUUUAGUAAAUAUCAAAUUUUUUUCAAUUAAUUCAAGCAAUCCCAAAAUGUUUGGUCUGGUGAUAGAUUGUGACUUCCCUUCCUCCCUGUUGGAGAUGACCCGUGAAUACCUGUGCUGCAUAUGUGUGCGUGAGAGACGCUCUCGACGAGGAGAAUGCAGACUUGCAUGGCAGUGUUGUAUAGUUGAAGACUGUGGUACCUUGUAAAUAGCCUUAGAAUGUUUUUUGCAGAUCAGAAGUGUGGAGGGUGCAAUGAGAAGGUCCUCCUAACAAUGUAUAAUUUUUAAAGCAAAGAAGAAUAUCAUUUUUGUUAUACUUAUCAUUGAUGACAUUGUUCAUUGUGUUCUUUUUUUUUUUUUUUUUUUUUUAAAUAAGAUGUAGUAACCAGACGUUACUACCGUAGGAGACUCAUGUGGUGUAGAUAUUUGGUUUUGAUGUUUGUUAGGAUGAAAACGGCUCAUCUACUUGAAAGCUUUCAUCUGGAAUGAGGAUGGACUACGGUGAAAGGGCUUCAAUGGAUAAGCGUGGCCAACUGUUCAUUACUGCGCAAUAAUUGCUAAUUUACGCAAUAACCUUUUCUUUGAAAACCCUCUUGAUUUGAAAUGAAUUUGGUUCUGAUUUCGGCAUGCAUUGCAUGUCAUUAAAUAUAAAAGACGCAAAAAAUGCCAGAAAUUGUCAUGCAAAAACUCAAGGCUGUUUUAUUGCCCAUUUUAUGUGGAAUUUAAUAAGUGUGGUUUUGAUAUGAUUGCAGGUGAAAUGCUUUUAUACACGGAGACACUUUGAGCAAAUACGGACUUCAUACGGUUUUCAGUAUGUUUAUUUUGUACAACUCAAUCUUUUAGAAUGGGCAUUUUAUGCGAAACAAAACUUGAUCAUUGAUCAGUACAGUAUUAUUUUCUUUUGCAAUUGUAUACACUUAAAAAGCCCAAAGUUUCAGAAUUUUCAGCCAUUUUACUGCUCUUCUCAAGUUGGCGUUUGUCUAUACGUGAAUGCAAGAAGGGAGAGAUGCGGUCUGCUGUUCUGGAAAUGUUUGAAGCGGUUUAAACACAUUAAGCAAUACUGUUCAUUGUUAAUGUACAUUUCACAUCUCAUGGAUAUCUAAUGCAGGAAAUCCUCUCAGAUGGCCAUAGUAUAUUUUCAGUAAAUAAUUAUGCAUAUAUGAGUGGUCACUUGUUCUGUUUGAGUCUAGGGAUGUUAACCACGAAUAACAGUUGUAAAAUGUUUGAUGCAAUGCUAAAAAUCCCUUUUGUUUAUAAUCUUUGAGUUCUUGCAAUUGUCAAUAUUUACACCCAAGAAUAUGUGGAUCGGAAGUAUGUUGACAUGGAAAAUCUUACAGUACACAAAUAUGGCUGACUGUUACUUCCUGUUGCUUGUAUGAAUGCUGAACUCCUUUCCAACCGACUUGAUCCAUCUCUGUUAAUUAUGAAGCAGGAAGUGGACUCAUUUGAAUAUUGGCACAAACAAGCUGUAAAACAUUCAGGUGGAGCAGAACAAAUGUGAAUAAUAUUUGCUGGCAAUAUAAUCAAUGUCCCAAACUUGAGUUUUGUUCUAUUUUUUUUUUUGUUUACAUGUGUCUUUUCAAAGUUUAAGAACAUUUGGGUAACUCGUAUUUACAGGUAAUCAUAUAUUUAUAAGUUUGCAUGUUCGUUACAUAUUAAAAAUAAUUCCCCAUAUAUAUAUAUAUAUAUAUAUAUAUACGUAAACCCAAAUCCACACACAAUCGGAUCAGUCACCACAGUAACCCGAAAAGAUUUUAUCAUGUUGACUACAUUACAUUAAUGACACUCACUAUAACAAGUGCUUUGUCAGCUUGUGGUUUUAACAUAUCCAGGAAACUCAAUUUAUAUGUCACCCAGAGUUGGACUUGUUCAGAUUCCACUAUUAAAGAAGGCUUCAUGUUAAUUAGGUUCAUGCAUGAGUCAGUAAACUCUACGAGAUUAAUGUGCGAAUCCAAGAGGUUGGUUUUGAAUCAACAUCUAAAUGUGCCUUUUAGAAUCAAUUGAAAAAAUAAUACAGUUUUGGUAUUUAAAAUUAGUUUGCAUUGUCAGCACAAAUGGCACCAAACUGACUCCCUAUCAUAUGAACAUUUCCAUAUAAAACACAAGUUUGAGGAAGGUUUAUAUUUUUAACAGAGAAGGAAAUCAUAUGUUUCUGAUGACACACACACAUGGCUCACAGUGACCACGGAUGGAAACCAGAAUGAAGCUGAAGUGACAAGAACUGCUUUUAUUUCACAUUAUUAUUUCAAAUCCAUCACGCAUUGACAAUAUUUUUGUGACCUUUUUAGCAGCUAUAUAUUUAAAAUUGGGAUUUCAAACUUGAUAUGUGUUUUCCUUGAUAUAUUAUAAACCAAUGCAGUUCUUUUUCAGUUCGAGAUUCCUGAGAAGUAAAUAUGCGCCUCAACAUGUAUAAUACAGCAGCUUGGUUCGUCGACUGUUUUUCCGCUUUUGUUAUUGGUCAAUGCCAAAGUUAUCCGAAGCCUUGCAUGGGUUGGUGUUUAAUUUUUCCAAGGAAUGUUAUAAUGCUGACACCCUGCUUUGUGUUUCUUACUGAGCCAGUUUUACUGCAGAGAAUUACUGUUUAUGAUAAAAACCACAUACUUAUAACCCCAGUAUUCCCACACACAUCUUUAAAAAUGUUAUAUAAUUCUGUUCAUUUAUUGUAUCAAAGAUAUACAAUUCAAUAAAGGUAUGUACAUUUCUGAACAA